UUCUUCACCCACCUCGACACAACCUAACAACACAUCGAAAAUGGCGAAUCCAGCUGCUGAGCAUAUACGGGUGGCUGGCAGAAUCGCAGCUGCUGUCGCAAACUGGGGCGAUCCCAUGGACGAGUCAAGCAUUUUUGAUGAUGUUGAUGAAGAUGCUGAGCUACGAGCGCAUGAUUUAUAUGCCGCCAACAUUCCACUUUCCGGUUGGCUAGACAAUUUCGCAGCUGCACAAGAAAUAAGACGUCGCCAAGACUAUUGCAACAAAAUGCGGAUCGACUACCAGGGUAGGACCGAGGCCUCAUACUUCAACAUACCAGAGGAGCCUGAGAACCCAGACCUCGCAUCAUACAUGAGAGAACUCCAACGCGGCAAAAAGAGCAUUGACGACGAGGGCCUAGUGGGGCACGCCGCCGACGUUGCAGACGAGGCCCUGGUCGAAGGUGAAGUUCCAUUGGCAGGCUUCGACAUGGUCGAUGAACAAGCCCCUGCGGUGGGUCCAGCGCGCGCGGAACGAGCUCAGAGACCACGGCGUCGAAUGACGUUCGAAGACGACGUCAAGCUCAGGGCCGUACUACUGGAGACCAAGCACAUGGUCGAAGAGGGUGUCGCCAAUGCCCGUCGCAAUCAUGUCAAAACACGCGCAAUCGCUGACGAUGACCUGGUCCUGGGCAUGGAAGACCGAGCCGACUCACAAGGUCGUACGAUCCGCCUCGAAGGAUACCAGCGAGAGGCUAUAGGCAGGAUUGAGCACUCUCUCCGUCUGAGACGAGGCGUUAUCCUAGCAGACGAGAUGGGGCUUGGAAAGACGCCGACAAUAGUCGCCGUCAUUCAACGGACCGUCAACAAUGCAGCACCAGGCAUGAGCCCUUUGAUUGUGAUCUGUGUCCCAGCUAGUCUUCUGGACAACUGGACAUCAGAGCUUGGACGAGCCCCCGACCUUCGUGUAUACCACAUGGCUGACGACGAGGCCCUGGACGCGCGGACAAUUCGUCGCCGGUUCGACGUAGUCCUCGUGUCACAGCAAAAGCUAGGUCGGAGGUAUGGAGCCCUGCUCCUCAAGUAUCGACAUUGGCAGGCAGUAGCCGAAGGACGAGAGGUUGAGCUCCGUGACCUGCUUACAGAGAGGAACAAGAAGGUCGCCUGGCAGGGUGAUGCGAAGAGGGAGGAGGAAGCCACAUCCUCGCUUGAAGCGAACGGCUUGAUCGUUGAUGAGGCCCAUGCCAUUCGAAACCAGGCCACAGCUCUGGCUCGCGCUUUGAAUGCCUUCAAGGCCUCGUCUAGGAUUGCUGUGACCGGCACUCCAUUGCAGAACGGCGUGACGGACCUCGGAGGCCUGUUCACGUUUCUCAAUCUCCCACCUUUCAACCUACCCUCACUCUUCAGAGCAUGCUUCAGUUCAAAAAAGAAUUCUGGAAAGCUCAAAAAGAAGACGAGGGCGUUGAACCGCCAGAACAAUGCCAUUCUCGCAAGCAUCAGGUCUUGUGUCACUAUUCGACGUCAACAAGACGGCUACUAUGAAGGCGACAAGAUCCUCGAGUCGGUCGGGUACGACAGUCAUAGAUGGAACUGCAGGCUCAGUGAUAGCGCACAAGACUACCAGCAGAUGACACAAGACAUGUGGGAUGCCAAAUAUAAGGCCGAUCUUGAGGACGAGCGCAGAGAGGACCGUGAUGCGGCAGAGGCCAGACAUCCCAAGCGGACAGACCUAGCCCAGGCCCUCCUUGAAAUCAAUCUCUGUCGCAUGCAUGUUCUGCACCCGGACCUCAUUCAUGCAAAAUAUGGCGAUUAUGGCGUCGAAGAUGUGCACGAGGCUCAGCCAGGUGAUCUUGCGGGUUACGACGUGAACCCGAUUGAGGCCCUCGAGCCUGGUGAUCCAGAGGUGGCAAACGCUGUCCCACAGCCCAGGCCCGAAGACCGUGCGGCGGACCUCAACGAAAAGGCCCGCAAAAAGCUUAAUCGCAGACGGAUGCGUUUCCUUGAGAGGUUCUUCAACGACAAGACUCUGUGGCAAUCAGACCGGUUCUAUGCCGUUGUCGAGGAACUUAUCAAGCUCUACGACCAGCGCGUUGCAGAAGCCGCUCGUCUCCCUUCGAUAUGGCAGAGGAGGAAGUACUUGGCCGAGCACAAGAUCUUGGUGUUCUGCGAAUUUCUCUCGGCCCUUGAUAUUCUCGAAAUCGGACUUCAACAUAUGCGACCCGAUAUCAAGGUCCUGCGCUUCGAUGGUCAUGUCACCAAGAACCAGCGUCAGGCCGCCAAGUCAGCAUUUGAAGAAGUAGGCAAGCAUUGGGAACGGUACAAUGACGAGAGUCCCGUGGAAGAUCUGCCUAUGAACGACGAGGCUAGCAUCAUGUUUGUCACGAACAGAGCCGGGUACGAGGGGCACAACUUCGUACAUGCUACUGAUGUUUUCAUCAUUAGUCCCAGCUGGAACCCGACUAUCGAGGACCAGAUCAUAUGCCGCGCUGCACGGAAAGGCCAAAAGAACAAUGUCCGCCUGCACCGCUUCUACUCAGAGCUAAGCAUUGAAGGCCGGGUCGUCAGCAUUCAGCGAGUUAAGAGGUACUACGUCGACAUGAUCCUCGACGACAGCUUCGUCUUAAGGCACUCGGAGGCUCUCCUCAACGCCACCGAUGAUUCCUGGAUCGAGAAGAUCGGAUACAAUCGAGUCAAAACCGCUUUUGAGCGAGGAGACAUCCUCUUGUAGCUGCACAGGGUGUAUGUAGUGGGCGAUGCAAUUGAGACCUAGGCCUCGUCUCAUGCGACGGACAGGCGUAGUGACAAGGCGUGACCAGGGAACCCGCCUCGUCAGCUUGCAGCAUAGGCCACUUGGUUUUGACGGGCCAUGUACCUGGUGUGCGUAUGCGAUAAUGCGCCGCUUUCAGAUAGCGAGAGAAUCACAAAGCCAAAGCAUAGCGCUAUAUCUAGAGGCACCAAGC